AUGGAAUCUUGUAGAAAUCUCACAUUCGGAUCAUUGGUGACCAUUGAUAAUGCUAUUGACAACAGAGCUCUGAUUAACUUAGCCACUGCUCAAAACACAACAAGACCUAUUUGGAUAGGAUUGGAAUGUUACGGUUUUCCGUGCUACUGGUUGGAUCAGGGUGGAACAAACUACAGUAACUUUGCAAGCGGGAAUCCACAACCUGAUGUUGGAGGGGAUGUAUACAUGUUGACAUCUGGAAGAUCUAUUGGGAAAUAG